CUUCACCUCGCUUCUCCAUGAAUCUGUUGAAAUCAGCAUUCGAAACCUCAAACAGCAUCUGCACACCACUGUCUAUCUGAGAAAUGACACUAUGCUGGAGAUUUACCCGAAGGCUGACCAUCACGCCUGUCCUCAUGCCCCUUGUCGUCGCCAGUAUUAUUUUAAGCUUUAUAAGGAUGCCUCAAAUUCAAAUCUCCAGUAGUGGUGGUAGCACAGUGAACAUCACCAUCCUACUGUGGUACUGGCCUUUUCACAAGAAUUACAGUUUGAAGGGUGACGUCUGUCUACAGAGUUACGGGAUCAUUAAUUGUCAUUUGGUGGAUAAUCGGUCACUCUAUUCCAGUGCUGAUAUCGUGGUCUUUCAUCACAAAGAGCUUCAAUAUCACAGACAGAAGCUUCCGCUCCACCUCCCUCGCCCUGACCAACAAAGGUGGCUCUGGAUGUCCUUGGAAGCUCCGGAAAACACAGGCAAUCUGGACAAGUACGCCGGGAUCUUCAACUUGACCAUGUCGUACCGGUCGGAUGCAGAUGUUACCGUGCCAUAUGGAAAGCUUGUACGUAAGCGGAGAGAUCUGAGCUCAUUCGUAUUGAAGCAUAAGACCCAUUUGGCAUGUUGGGUGGUUAGCAACUACAGAGCAAAGCACAGGAUUCAAGUGUACCAGGAGCUCAAAAGAAUCAUCCCUGUACAGGUGUACGGUCGAGCGGUUAAAAAGCCACUAACUGAAAGUGCACUGCUGCCCACGAUUUCCAACUGCUUUUUUUACCUAGCCUUCGAGAACACUAAGUCUGCUCAGUACAUCACAGAGAAGCUGUGGCGGAACUCUUUUCAGGCGGGCACAGUUCCUGUAGUACUGGGCCCUCCAAGAAGUGACUAUGAAGCUGUAGCGCCACCUCAUUCUUUUAUUCACGUUGAUGAUUUUGAUUCCAUAGAUUCCCUGGGACAUUUUCUGCAGGAAGUAGCUAAAGACGAAAAACGCUACAUGUCAUACUUCAACUGGCACAGGGACAACAGCAUUAAACUGUACACAGACUGGAGAGAAAGGCUUUGCACUAUCUGCCAAGUUUAUGACAAACUCCCCAUCUAUAAUAUAUAUCACAACUUGAGUUUUUCAGCAUAAUGGACUUACAAUGCAUUACAAAGUAUUUAAACCCCAAAAUGCACUUUUAACUUUCAUUAUUUAAUAAAAAAUCAUACACAAGCAGCAAUAUUGCACAGUACAG